AUGGCUACUGCUACUGCCGCGAAAGCUGCCACAGCGCCAAAGCUGGAUUCUGGGUCGGUUAUAAAAGAUGUUAACGUUCCUGGCGGACCUAAAACUACCUCAAAAAACGGAAACGGCGCAACGGCUACCCCUUCAUCAAAGAAGCGCAAGGCUGCUACAUCGGACGAUGACGACGAUGACGAUGAAGAGGAAGAGGAAUACUCCAAACCUGCUAAGAAAUCGUCCAAGCCAUCCAAACCCAUUCCAAAGAAACAGAAAGCUGUCACACCUCCUUCCGAUGACGAUGUAACGGAUCAAGAAGAAUCCGAACUAGACUUCGAAGAAUCGGAUUUCUCAGAGGAAGAAGUCAAAAAACCAAAGAAAGGUGGCGCUAGAACCCGUGGCCGCGUUUCCGCCGCCGCUACAAAGAAAGAAACGAUAAAGAAGGGCCCACCACCUAAGCGCGCUGCAGCGACAGCUAGUGCUGCUAAAAUGCAGCAAAAGAAAAAGCUGGACUCUGAUGACGACUCCGAGGUUUCUGAGGACGAUUUCGAGGAAGGGUCCGAAGAGGAGCUUGACGAAUAUGACGACGACGACGCGGAGAGCGCUUACACGGAGUCUGAUGCAUCCGGUUCAGAAUAUGGCGCUUGA